AUCUUGCCAUAUUCGUGUGAUGUCACAAAGCUGUCAAGAAUCGAAAUUACUUGUUGGCGAUUUGAGGAAAACUGGGAUAGAUUUCAUUAAAAAUAGUGUAUUCUGCGACAUAGAUAGUGAAUUAUUCUAGCGUAGCAAUUAGCCAACUCAAUUGAUAAUCCCAUUAGUCGUAAUUAUUCGGAAGUGCUACAAAUCGACGAAGCAGCUGGCUGGAGCGAUUUUCUUAGUAGGGGUUUCAUCGCGUAAUAACUUUGAUUAGUUAUUAGCAUCAUCGCCAUCCGGAUCGCAUAAAUCGAUAAACCGGCUAGACAAUGGUAAAGCUGUACGCCGUCAGUGUCUUCUACAAGGCCCCGAACGAAGCCCGACUGUUGAAGUCAGCCUAUGACCUGCAGAGUUUUUCCUUUUUCCAAAGGGGUUCGGUCCAGGAAUUCAUAAGCUUUGCCAGCAAAACCCUAAUCGAGCGUACCCAAGCGGCGGCCCGACAGUCCGUCAAGCAGGACGUCUAUAUGUGUCACGUUUACGUGCGGGCGGAUAAUCUGGGCGCGGUGCUAAUCUCAGACCACGAGUAUCCCCAUCGGGUGGCCCACACACUGUUGACCAAAGUGCUGGACGAUUUCAACGCCAAGGUUGGCAAGGACCAGUGGCCUUCGGGAAGUGAAUCUUCCAUCGAUUUCAGCACACUACCGGCCACGCUCAGUAAGUAUCAGGAUCCACGUGAAGCAGAUGCGCUCACCAAAAUGCAGGAAGAUCUGGACGAGACGAAGAUCAUCCUCAGGAACACGAUAGAAGCCGUGCUGGAACGGGGCGAGAAGCUCGACGACUUGGUGUUCAAAUCCGAAGAGCUUUCGAUACAGAGCAAAGCAUUCUACAAAACGGCCAAGAAGACCAAUUCGUGUUGUAACUUCGGGUAAGUUCGAAUUUGGUAAAAGACACACGCAACCGUUCACAAACAAUUCAACAACCCACCAAAUUCGAAUGCAAGGAACAUGAUUUGUUGAAUGUUGUAUGCUCUUUUUUGGUAAAAGAAGAGUUUCUCAAGGUUGCACUCUGUAUUAUUCACUAGGCUAAAUUAAGCAAAACAUAUUUUACAAUUAGUUUUAUUCAACACGACGGACGCAAUCAUGCCACUUUAUUUUUGAGCUGUAAUGUGAAAUAUAUAAACCAAUGUUUUUUUUGUGAAAUGCUGAAACUAUGAAUUGUUUCUGAAAUACUCCAUUGGAUCGGUUAUUGAUGCAUGCCAAAAAUAUAUCCUUUUUAUUUAAAAUAUUUGGGUUGUGUUACAGAAAUAAACAAAAUCGGAGGAAAAGUGUUCGAUGGCUAUUUUAAUAGUUGUGAACACAUUAUGUGAUUGCAUGUUGCAUACGUAUAUAAUAUACACAUACAAUGCAUAACUACCAAUGCAAACGCGAAAUUAUUACCAUUCCGUCGGUCAUGACAGAAAAUGCUUGCAGUUUUUUGUUAGAUUUAGAUGCGUAUGCCCCAAGAGUUGGUUAUAACGUAACGCGAAGGAGGAGGCAUAUCGAGAGCGAACAAAUAGGAACCUCAAUCUUAACUGACACUAACGAUCACAUUGACUACACAUACUAUACAUUACAUCGUUGUUGUUCACAAAUAUGAGCAUUUUAAAACAUAAGGCAUAAGGCUCGAUGCUACCGUAGAGCAGUGCUGGCCGAUACAAUAAACUAAAAAUAAAUGCCUUCAGCCAAGAUCA